AAAACACGGUAUUUCUUGCUCGUAUACAACUCUUAUUAGAGGUGGAGGUUUACCUGAAAGUAAGAAAUGAACCAACACUUUCCUUUAAUGUCGGUUAUUUUUAUUUAUUUAUUUAUUUUUCAUUACAAGCUACGACAAAGCUCUAAUUUUCUAAAAUUUCAAUUUCAGUAAUUUUCUUUUAUGGUUCAUUAGUUUCAUGUAUAGUGAGUUUUAACCUUAUCGGACGCGCUACUACUGUAUCUAAAAUUUCAGGUGCUGUAGCAGCUGGUCUGAUGGGAUUUAUAGUUUUUUUUUUUCUUAGCCUACUUACUGGCCAGACAGGUUUCCUAAGGGGAUGCUAAAAGUCUAAGUCGCGCUGUUUGGUGGACGUUCAGGUGAAAAUUAGUGAUGUGUCUCCCCCGGCCAGGAGAGCAGUGAACACACACGGUGGUUCACUGGAGGACAGAGGAGUCUCCUGCACCUGUCCGGAGCCGAGAGAGUCCGCCUCACUGCGACCAGACACACAGCUGCAGAGAGACAGACAGUGGAUCCAGGACAGCUGCAGAGACAGAGGGCACCAAAUGAAGACUGACAAAGAUUAAGGAUGAGGGGAAGCUGUAAGAAAAUGCAAAUAUUAUUCAUGAAGUAAUUACAGCAGGUGUGACACUAAUUAGUUCAAUUAGGCCUCAGUGUUUGAAGUGAGCCCAGGAAAAAACCACCAUGGAGCUGCAGCACAACACUAAUCACAACCAAGCGUUGUGGAAAGAGAUACCAUGGGACUUCACUGAGGACUGCUCACUGUCAGUGAGUGGCACCACUUUUCUCAUCAUUGCCUACAGUACAGUUAUGGCAGUGGGUCUCAUUGGGAACUCUUGCCUGGUGUUUGUCAUCACACGGCACAAGGAGAUGCGUAACGUCACCAACAUCUUUAUCGCCAACCUGUCCUGUUCUGACAUCCUCCUGUGUAUUGUCAGCCUGCCAGUCACUAUUAUCUACACACUGAUGGACCACUGGAUCCUAGGAGAGGCCCUCUGUAAGCUCACGCCCUUCAUCCAGUGUAUAUCUGUCACUGUUUCCAUCUUCUCCCUUGUCCUCAUCGCCAUGGAGCGCUACCAGCUCAUUGUGCACCCGACUGGAUGGAAGCCCAUGGUGGGCCAGUCCUACAUGGCCGUGGCUGUCACCUGGAUGGUGGCAUGCUUAAUCUCGGUGCCUUUCCUCUCGUACAGUGUGCUGGCCUUGCCUUUCCAGAACCUGAGCCUCCCCUUCCCAGUUGGCGACCACGUUGUUUGUAUGGAGCAGUGGCCGUCAGUUCAAGAACGGCGUGCUUACACCACCUCCCUGCUCGUCUUCCAGUACUUCCUCCCUCUCACCCUCAUCAUGGUCUGCUACCUGCACGUCUACCUGCGCCUCAGGAGGAGGAAGGACAUGGUGGAGCGUGGCAGGAACACCACCGAAAAGAAAAACAAAGGCGCCACGAGGAUCAACGCCAUGUUGUUCUCCAUUGUGGUGGCAUUCGCCCUCUCCUGGCUCCCUCUCAAUGUCUUCAACACAGUGUUCGACUGGAACCACGAGGCCAUCCCGUCCUGUGGCCAUGACAUCAUCUUCUCAUUCUGCCACCUCACAGGCAUGGCCUCCACCUGCAUCAACCCCAUCAUCUAUGGUUUCCUCAACAGCAACUUCCAGAAGCAGCUCAAGUCCACACUAAUGCGCUGUCGCUGCUGGGGGGUGACAGAGAGGUAUGAGAGUGUCCCGCUCUCCACUGUCAGCACAGAGGUCACCAAGGGGUCAAUCUUGAGCAAUGGAUCUAUCAGCAUCAAUACUUAGAAGCAAGGCUUUUCACUGAAAGACAAAGAGACUACCGGGGCCUCUUCAGCCCUCAUUGUGUCAUCCUUUGGAGCUUUUCUUGCUUCAUCGAGCCCAAAAGUGAGGUUGACAUUUACAAAGUUAUAAACCUCACAACAGCAGUCCAGAGAGAGCCGAGUGAAGACACUUUACCAGCACAGCAAUGUGCCCUCGAUUCAGUAUAAGGUUACAUGUAAGAGGAAGUAGAUAACAAAUUGAUGGUACAAAGGUUGGACAAGUUUAAGAAUAGUAGGGCGACUCAAGGCACUUUACAUGAGCACUUUUACAACUGCAGUCUGUAUAGUCAAUUCCUAAUGUGCUGUGGGGACAUACGAUUGAAGAGACAGCUUGUAAUCUCCUAUACAUGUGUCAUGUUUCUUUCUAAAGCACUGGGAUCUACUCAGAUUGUCACGUUUCAAUGAAUAUCAGCUGUAUAGGGUUUGCUUUUCACAAUUUAACCUGCUUCAAAAUGUGAGCAGUGGAACGACUCGAGAGAACUGAAAGGACAAAAGUGCCACUGCUAAUGUUUCUUUUAAUUUUUGCUGUUUUAUAUGAAUGGUAUCGAUAAAACCAUGAAGAGAUUGUAAACUGUGAUGUGUUAAUGAUUAUCAACAGAGUAGCUUAUUACCUAACUGAAGCUGAGAACAUUAGUGCAUUUAAUGUAACUCCAGGCUUUCACAGAGACGAUUUACUAGCAUCAUCUUAAUGCAUUUAUUAUUACCUAAAAUCACCACAAACGAUGUAAUGAUCUUUUACAGAGAACCUUGGAAAGAGCUAUAUACAUUCCAUGCUGUCGGCCAAGGUCUGCCCUCCAGUGUAUUGUGCGUGUGAGAUUGUUUUUUUCUCAUAAAAUGUACCAUGCAACAACCGUAUAUCAAGUGCCAUAAAGCGAAAUAAAAAAGGCAGUAAAGGACUUUGUCAGAUUGAGGUUCUUCAGCUGUAAAUAACAUUACCAAGUACAUGUAUGGCCUGUAAAAGACGUGACACAGUUGUAGUUUAUGAUGUGGUUGGGAAUAAAGAGCACUGUGUAGCAUAGCUGAUAUCUCCUAGGAAACCUGUUGUAAGUCACUUCUCUUUGUGGUAUUGAGCUGAAUUAAAAUAUUAUCUAUCAUCUUUAUUGAUAACACCUGUGUUGUAAUAUUUGUAUAUUUGUUGUAAUAAUAUUUAUAACUCCCUCCUGUUACCUUUGAGGAAAAAAAUCUGUAUAAAAAAACUGCCAUAAAAUUAUACGUUAACAUUGUUUUCCACUUUCACUGAGUAAAAUCUUUUUAUCACCUUCA